AUGGCGGCGCUAUUUGGCGUCGCGUUCUCUCUUGGGGGCAUCGUUUCUGAAGGUGGAUCCGGUCAGAGGGACCCGUGGCUCGUGAGGCUGAUUGUUAUUGCAGAGACAAUGCCGGUCAUUGAGAAGUCUGUAAAAGAAGUGUACACGGCUCUUCUCCCCCAAACUAUGGUUGUCGCCGAUCUCGGCUGUUCCUCAGGACCAAACGCGUUGAUCUUCGUCUCGAAUGUGAUCAACGCCAUAGCUGACCAUAGUAGUAAGCUCGGUGGCCAGGGUGAUCAUGUGGAGGUUCAGUUCUUCCUGAAUGACCUGCCAGGAAACGACUUCAACCAGCUCUUCCGGUCACUCGAACAGUUCAAGAGGUCAGCUGAAAUGGAUCGGAAUGGAGAUACACUACCUCCGUACUACAUUUCCGGGCUGCCAGACUCGUACUACGUCAGGCUUUUUCCUCGUCAAAGUGUUCAUCUCUUCCACUCCUCCUACUGCCUACAUUGGCGCUCUCAGGUGCCGGAGGGUCUUGAGGGCAAACGAGAAGUGUACCUAAAUGGAGAGAACAUGUACAUCGCCAAAAAUACCCCACCGUCGGUGGUGAAGCUAUUCCAAGAGCAGUUCAGGAAGGAUUUCUCUCUGUUCCUGAGGCUUCGCCACGAAGAACUUGCGUUUGGCGGGCAAGUGGUGCUAACAUUUCUUGGAAGGAAGGACGAGGAUGUGUAUAGCGGAGAUCUCAACCAUCUCUUUGGCUUGCUUUCGCAGUCUCUACAGUCUCUUGUCGUGGAGGGCCUUGUGAAGGAGGAGAAAGUAAGCUCCUUCAAUUUACCGGCCUACGGGCCGUCGGUCGGCGAAGUGACGGCAUCGGUGAAGGAAAGCGGCGCCUUCGACAUAGCUCACAUCAAGCUGUUCGAGCAGAACUGGGACCCCUACGACGACUCGGAAGGGGACGGCGUGCUCGACAGCGCCCGCAGCAGCGUCAACGCUGCCAAGUGCAUCAGAUCGGUUAUGGAGUCCCUAGUCGCGAGCCAUUUCGGAGAAGACAUACUCGACGCGCUGUUUGAGGAGUACACGUGUCGCGUCGCCGGGCACCUCGAGAAGGAGAAGACCAAGUUCACCGUCGUCGUCCUUGCCUUGAAGAAAAUAUAGCAGGGCAGGUCCUUGAGUGUGUGCUCUGCAA